AGGUGGAGCCAUUACCCCAUGAAGGUGGCAGAGCCUGAGGCCUGCGAUGAGAUGUACGAGAGCUUAGCACGACUCCAUUCAAACUAUUACAAACACAAGUACCCUCGCCCGCGGGACACGAGCUUCAGUGGCCUGACCCUGGAAGAGUACAAGCUGAUCCUCGCCACAGACACCCUGGGGGAGCUGAAGGACAUGAAUAAAGGCUUGUGGAAGAAACUGCAGGAGAAGUUCUCCGCCAGGAGUCCCGAGGAGAAGCAGAAGGCCUGGGCUCAGUCCUUAUCUCGCCCGCGGACCUGAGUGAAGUCUGUGUAUUGCCGUCAUAAAUAAAGCUCCCUGACCCCCGC